AUGUACACCCCAGCAAGUACAAACAUCACCUUCUUCGAAGACAAUUCAACGGACAGCGAAUAUACCCCAUACAAGGACAGGGUAGAAACCUACCUGGUUCCGGUCAUAUUUGCGAUCAUUUUCAUAGUGGGGGUGCUGGGAAAUGGGACCUUGGUCAUAGUUUACGUACGACAUAGGGGUAUGAGGAACGCUCCGAACACGUACAUCUUCUCUUUAGCCCUGGCGGACCUCCUCGUUAUUCUUAUCUGCGUUCCCUUCGUCUCUACGAUCUACACUUUGGAGUCAUGGCCGUGGGGGGAAGUCAUAUGUCGCCUCUCCGAAACCGGAAAGGAUAUAAGCAUAGGAGUAUCUGUUUUCACAUUGACUGCACUAUCAGCGGAACGAUAUUGCGCAAUUGUCAAUCCGUUUAGGAAACUGCAAUUACGAAAGUUACCACUAGUCUGCGCUACAUUCAUCUGGGCAGCGGCGUUGAUAUUUGCUGCACCGGCUGCUAUAUUCUCCAACACAUCAACAGCGUAUAUACACAAUAACGUCACAAUACUGUAUUGCUCGCCAUAUCCACCUGGAUGGACUUAUUAUCCUAAAUGGAUGACGCUGGCAAAAGCAAUAAUUUACUACGCCCUACCGCUACUGGUUAUAGCCUUCUUCUAUAUCCUGAUGGCGCAGAGACUGCUGGCCAGCACGAGGGAAAUGCCUGGAGCACUCCACGCUGGUCAAGGAGAAGCACAGGCGAAGGCGAGGAAGUCUGUCGCUUGUAUGGUUUUGAUAUUUGUUAUAGUAUUUUUCAUAUGUUUCCUACCGUAUCACGCUCUGGAGAUGUGGUUCUACUUGUCGCCAACAGCCCAGACCGAUUACAAUGAUUGGAUUCACGCUUUAAGAAUAAUGGGUUUCUGUCUUAGCUUUCUGAACUCCUGUGUGAACCCAGUGGCGCUCUAUUGCGUUAGCGGCGUUUUUAGACAACACUUCAAUAGGUACCUGUGUUGUCGGCGGGGUGCCCUCCAUCCAACUUGCAGCUCCAGAUUGUCCCGGACGGCCAUAUGUGAGACGUCCUUUAGGAGCACACAAAGGCUUCGAUGUAAUCGGAACCCAACAGAGAGUGUGGUAAUCUCCAACUACGACUAUGGAAGUAAAAAGAAGAACAACAUCAUAUCGAGGAAUAGCGACGGUGUCACAAUCAUGACCAUCAGAGAUUCCAACGAUUUCCUCACGGAUGUCAACGAAAAAUGCAUCAACAGAUAG